UCAAGAAAAAAAAAGAACUCCACACACAAAUUUGAAACUAAAAUGCCGAGCCACCAAGAAAAGAUGAUUCAUCACUUCCCGCGGCGCAUCAUACUGGUGCGCCACGGAGAGAGCGAGGUGAACGAGGAUGAAGGCAUCCUCGAGCACGUCCCCAACCACAAGAUCAAGCUGAUCAAGAAGGGCGCCGAGCAAGCCCGGGCAACGGGGCGAAUGAUAAAGGAGAUCGUGUCGGAAGAGGAGGCGUGGAAGGUUCUUUUCUACGUCUCGCCUUCCAAUAGGACGAGGGAGACGAUGGAGGAGAUCAUCAGCCGGGGUGGAACGUUCGAGAAGAAUCGGAUCGUUGGAGUGAGAGAAGAGUGUAGGUUGAGAGAGCAGCAUUUUGGGAAUUUUCAGGAUUUGGAGGAGAGGAGGAAGAUUAAGAGAAGUAGGGUUAGGUAUGGGAAGUUCUUCUAUAGGGUUCCGGAGGGAGAAUCCAGUGCCGAUGUUUACGACCGUGUUUCGAGUUUUCUUGAAGGGCUAUGGAGGGACAUGGAAUCCAACAAAUUUGGAAAUGAGAUGAAUUUGAUAGUAGUCUCCCAUGGACUCACUAUCCUUCUAUUUUUAAUGAAAUGGUUCAAUUGGACUAUUAAUCAGUUUGAAGAGCUUGCCAAUCCAGCUAAUUGCGAAUACCGAGUCCUAGAGCUUGGCCCGGAUGGCGAAUAUAGUCUUGCUUCGUACCACCAAAUAGACGAGCUCAAAAAAUGGGGAUUAUCUGAUGAGAUGAUCGAGGAUCAAAUUAUUCGAGCUAGGGGUCUCCAGCCUUUUCUUGAUCGGAAGUGUCUCGUUGCGCCCACCGAUGAUUCAGCAUCGGACGACAGCCUCGGAUAUUAUUUCGAUGAGAAAUGAAUUGGGAAGUCUAGUACUUAAAAAGUACUAGGGCUUGGUCUAAAAGGUUUGAUGUUGGUUUAAUUCACUAAUAAUUGCUGUUAAUUUGUAUUUGUUCAUUUUUAUUUAUUUAUUGGUGGGUGUUUAUGAUGGUUAACAUUUUCAAUUAUUUUGUAGCAUUUAUAUCUUGCAUGAUGUUGU